AUGUUUGCUGUUGUAGGUUUUGGUUUUGUGACGUUCGAAUCAGAGGAGUCGGCCGAAAAGGUUUGCAAGAUACACUACCAUGACAUAAACAACAAGAUGGUCGAGGCAAAAAAAGCGCUGCCCAAAGAGGUGCUCAGCACCGGGAAUGCACUUGUGAAACAGCAGCAGCAACAACAUCAGCAACAGCAACAGCAGCGUCAGCAGCUACUUCAACAGCCAAUUCCUUUCUAUCUGACAAAUCGACUUACUGUGUCAGAACAAACCACCAAGAUGGUACCGGGAGUCGGUGCUGUGUCCGGAUCUUCUCCUGUUGCAAUGGCAGUUGCAGCUAUGUUGGCAAGUCAACAACAACAGCAACAGCAACAAAAGCAACAACAAAACGCUCAAAUGUGUCAAAGCAACGUCCUCCACUCUGGCAUGCCUGGCAUGCAGAAUGCUCUGACCGUUCCCGAAUUGAUGUCCCUGGUGUCUCUGGCCUAUCCAUCAAGUAAGCACGGCUUCUACUUUUCUAGUCGGUAUCACCGUAGUUAG